AUGUCACUCUCGGGCGCUCCAGCAGCCCCUCUCUGGCAACCACAGCCAAGUGUGAUGUCUGGGCUAGUGUUUUGGCUAACAGCCCUGACUAUCCCAGGAUCUCACAGCUGCCUGAAGUGCAGCUGGGAUGCCAUGGCGGUCUUGAGGGAAUUCAAAGAUCGUUACUUGGAGACGAAACUCCGCAGGGACCCAGAACUUAAAACGAAGCUGGACAGCCUCCUGGACAACACUGUAGAGACGCUGUCAUAUCAGCCCAUAGAUCUGGAAAAAUACAUGGGUGUUAUUGAUGAAUUCACCUUAGGAAAACUCACCACCUAUUUCAAACGCUUUGUGAACCAAAUCAUAGAAAAUGACUUUGAAGAUGGACAGCUUUAUAAUGAAGUGUCUCAGGGCAUCCAGAGGCUGUUGGACACUUUUAAGGACUUAAUGCCAAAAUUUACAAAGAUUUAUUGCAGCAAUGAAUGUGGUCGGAUGCUUUACACGCUUAUCAGCUGCUACUCCUGCAAAACAAAUCAGCACUCGUGCUACAAGAACAUCCAGUGUGGAGAAAGAAGGAUGCAGGUGGAAUUGGAUGAAGAUCUGAUCCUGGACUGUGCUCUGACCUGGCACAAGCAAAGCCAUGGUGUGAAGAGAUACAACUUCUACCGGGUGGUGAAUGGCAAAAAGCAGCUGCUGGCCAGUGGUCCAGAUCCCUUCCUGGUGAAGAAAGAGGCCAACAUAAAUGACACGGGCAGCUACCAGUGUGAAAUGCUGGCUCCGGAUGGCUUUCCCGCCAGCCAGCUCGACUUCCAGGUAGUAGUGCUGACUUCAGUUAGGAGGACCACCUGGUUUCCCCGGCCGCACACGGUGGGAGAAGGCCCGCUUACCUUAGGGGUCUCUUCCCGGGCCCCCCCUCCUCAAGCAGACUGGACAGUCUGGAUAGUGAUCGGGAGCACCGGCGGGCUGCUCAUCAUCAUCAUCGUCAUGUUCUUAUGCUAUUAUCGUCGUAACAAUGAGGAAGAUGACUCUAGUGAUGAAGAGGAAGGAGAGAGCAAGAACGAGAGUGGGAGCGAAAGCGAGUCAUCGGAAAUGGUAGAAAUGUGA